ACCAAAAAUAAAAGAACAAUCUACAAAUACGAAGAAAUGACUAAAGACACUUGGAUAGACUUCACAGAAGAAAUCGACAAACAACUUCAGAAAAUACAACACAACUCUCACCAAAAUUCCUCCUUAACAAAUUUAAACAAAUUAUGGCAUAAACUCAGCCAAGCGAUAACAAUUGUAGCAAAAACACAUAUUCCGCAAACAAAG